AUGAAUAAUUUUUGGUUGGUUAUUGUAUCAAUAAUUAUUGCUCAUGCUCCCAGCCAGAAAGUCGGCGCCGCAAAUCCCACAGUGGAGUAUCAUCCGUACAUCGCGUCUCUGGAGGCAGUAUCGCCGGAUGAAAACAAUGGAAACACCUCGACAUUGCACUGCACGGGUUUCAUCGUUUCCCAACUCCACGCCGUGUUCUCCUGUCUGUGCGUCAAGACAAAAUCGAACCUCGAUUUGCGCGUUCGCGUCGGCUCGGACUCCGAAGACAAAGGCACCCUCAUCGGCACGAAGAACUACACCUGCCACGAUGAGUACUCGCGCUACGUGUUCACGAAGAACGACAUCGCCGUCGUUGAGUUGGCAACUCCCGUGACCUUCGGUCCGAACAUCCAGAAGAUCGGCGUCUGCGAUAAACUCCUCGGCCCGGACGAGACACCCGCCUCGCCAUUCGCCGUCACGUUCAAACUGCGCUAUCUACAAACCCCCACCAACGGCAGUGACAAUCCCGGCCCGGCUUUUCGACCCGUGGAGUAUCCCGUGAUGAGUAAAAACCAGUGCAAGUCCGAAUUCGAAGGCAUAUUCUCCGCAGCCGGUUCUCCCUACAAUGCGCGGAGUUUACUCGAAAAUCAAAUGUGCACCGGCAAUUCACCGCGAGACGGGCAGAAUAAUCAGCCGGCCGGGAGACCGAUUUUCCACGGUGGACGUGGAAGUCCUCUGGUGGUUGGUGGGGCAGGUGGUGCCAAGUGCGUCAUUGGCCUGGACAACCCGGCCGACAUGGCGAUACAUGGCCAACCGUUUCCUAGAGUCUUCGAGGAAGCGGCCGUCCACCGGUCCUGGAUCGGGUCUCUGGUGGGAUUCGGCUGAUUACGUUGCUGCUACUCUUGUGCACCGUCAACGCUAUCAAGAUUUUUGUUUUGUUUUUUUUUUUUUUUUUAUCUAUACUUGCAUCAUUAGAACGUAUACUUGUAUCUACGACUUCCGACAAAAUGACAAACAACAAAAUAUCCAGAAGUCACACAAGUACCUGAUAAGAAUAGGGAUAACAGUCACUGAAUUGUUUCGAGAAAAUAAUCAUUAGACAUUCGUAAGUAGAGAUAGGGUGUGAGUGUGUUGAAACUUUUUUGGUUUUUGAGUCAAUAAAAAUUUUAUGAAAAA